AUGCCCCUCAGGAUCUCCUCCCGUUCAUGUCCAGACGUGAUCGCUAUCGCUCAUCGCUAUCGUGAGAGCCGCCAGGCACUUGACAUUAACCGCCACUCAUCCCCUCAUUCCAUCAGUUGUUAUCCCGACAGCAGGGCAGUGCAGCAUCCAGCUCUUCCUUGUCAAUCCCCCUCCGCUCCCAAUACCUCCUUCUCCUUCCCCCUCCGCUCUCAAUCAACCCCUCCACAGUCCAUCAUCCCCCCCCGUCUUUUCUCUCCAUCACUGCUAGCCAACGACUAUGUGCCAGAGCAGAGACUACGUGGCAGCAGGUCUCUGCAGCACUCAAGCCAUGCUUGUCAUACGCAGCUGUUCGCGCCUUCUUCCCGCCACGCUCUCCCCGCUCCAUCCUCCCCUCGUCUUCCUCUCUCACUUGUCAGCCGGGUUCUGAAGCAUCCAGCUCUUCCUUGUCAAUCCCACAGCUUGCCUCCUCCUCCUUUCCCCGCCACUCUCACCCCCUCCAAUCGGCCCCCUUCUUCUCCCUGCAUCAGUCUUUACUCGACCGAUCUUCGCACCGCAGCAACACACCUGCAGCAGGCACAGGUGGGUUUGAGCUAUUGCAUCAGUUCCUCCCACACGCCCCGUGCGUCCCGUUCCACCCACCCCUUUCUUCAGCUGCUCGUUGGAAAAGGAUCGGAGGCUAGACAGAAUGCAGCAGCAGACCUGGCAGCGUUGGUCGGCCCUCUUGCUGCCGGCAAGAGACUCAUCUUCUCUGCCACUUCCUCUUCCUCUGCUGCUGCUGGCACUUCUGGUGGAGGUGGUGCGGGUGGUGGGGACGUGCAGUGGGAGGGAGGGCAGCGGCGCGCCUCUGGUCUGGUGGGGGCUGCCAGGAAGGUGUCUUGGAGUGUGGCGCUGUUUGGUGCUCCCAGUGAUGGCCGGACCAGCAAAGUUUCUUUUGGGAGACAAUUUGACCUGGCAUUCGAGGUGAUCCUGCACCUGCCAGCCGUGCAGAUCCUAGCCAGCGUGGCAGCCUCGCUGGCGGAGAAGCAGCACCGCGUGCUGUUCGAGGGGCAAAUGGAUCAGAUCAAGCACCGCGUGCUGCCGCCCGCUGACAUGGAUGAGGUGAUUGGAGCAGCAUUGAUGGUCUACACCCACACCGCAGUGAAGCUCUCAAAUCUCUCCCUGACCUUCACCGGGCGGCAAGACAUGUCCCGAUCU